UCUUGUUAGUUUCUCCGUCGUCGUAACUCGUAACAUUACUACAAAACAGCACACAAAAGCUGAGUUUCCAUUCGUCGUCGUCGCGGUCGGUCCGUUCGGAAAGGAGGAAGAAAAAGAUCAGCAGUUUUUCUCUGCUCAAAUCCCGUUAGAAGAAAAGUGUUUUCCUUUUGGCCUCUGCCAGCCCAGCUACUAUAGUUCUGUGUAUUGUGGCCCUGCGACGGUUUCGAAAUUUGUAUGUCGUGUUGUCCGUCGAGGAGGAAGUGAAAUUCGGGGAAAAUGUUUUAGUGGGCCACAGUCGAAAUUUGAUUAUACAAUAGAAAAAAGAAGAAGAGACAGAAGAGUGCUACGGCCAAGUUGAAGAGGAAAAUAUUCUUUUUUUUUUGUUGACAGUGUGGUGUUCUCGAUUUUCUUUCGGUUUCGCUUGGUGUAUUUUCCGACACUGACUGCGCUGGUGUCGGACUGGAGCAAGUUGACGUCGCGGAAAAUAUUGUGCAAUAAUCAUUACGCGGAAUCGGUUCUGCAGAGAACGGGUACAGUAUCGUGCUUUCGGGUGAAAAAUCAAGUCAUUUUUGAUCGGAAAGUGGGUGGACGGACACGGCCCAGGGUGUGUGAGUGUGGUGGUUCCGGGAGACGGGAAAGCUAUGAAAAAUAGCACACGUCGAUCAAUUUAUGAUAGCACAGCAGAAGCAUAAAGUUCGAAUGAAUCGAUUGCAGUAGGGACGGUGGAGAAAAGGGGACACUUUAUCGUAUUCUGCAAGACAUUUUCCCUAGCUCUCGGUGUCGAUCGAUUAGAGAAGCGAUUUCGUCACUGGGGAGAAAUAGUCACUGAAACAGUUGAAGCAACAUCCGGGGCUAGGCGGCGGCGGCGGUAGUAAUUCUAUUACGGGGCACGGGAGAGCCUAAAUAGAUCACCAUCACCAUCGUCAGCAGAGCAGCAGCAGCCAGUAGCAGAGACGAACGAACCAGAAGGAGAAAACAUCCAAAGCAAACACAGAAACAUACAAACCACACAAAGUCAUAUUCCAACAUCGAUUGCUCGAACAGAGCACAGAAUCCAGCGAGCUGAAACAACCACCAACAAUAAAGAUGACUGCAACGGACAACACGAUCCGCUUCAGUGACCACACGCUGGACAAGGCGACCAAGGCCAAAGUGACACUGGAGAACUACUAUAGCAACUUGAUCACCCAACAUGGGGAGCGGAAGCAACGGCAAGCCAAGCUGGAAGCUUCCCUCAAGGACGAGGCCCUAUCGGAGUCACAGCGGCAGGAGAAGCGCAUGCAGCAUGCCCAAAAGGAGACGGAAUUUCUGCGGCUCAAGCGGUCCCGGUUAGGAGUGGAAGAUUUUGAAGCACUCAAAGUGAUAGGACGGGGAGCGUUCGGUGAGGUACGGUUAGUGCAGAAGAAGGAUACGGGUCAUGUGUAUGCGAUGAAGGUGCUGCGGAAAGCGGAUAUGCUGGAGAAGGAACAGGUGGCGCAUGUGCGAGCCGAGCGGGAUGUCCUAGUCGAAGCCGAUCAUCAAUGGGUGGUGAAGAUGUACUAUAGUUUUCAGGAUUCGGUCAAUCUGUACUUGAUUAUGGAGUUCCUCCCGGGUGGAGACAUGAUGACAUUGCUGAUGAAGAAGGAUACGCUUUCGGAGGAGUGCACGCAGUUCUAUAUCGCUGAAACGGCGCUGGCAAUCGACUCCAUCCAUCGGCUUGGAUUCAUACAUCGUGAUAUCAAACCGGACAACUUGCUGUUGGAUGCUCGUGGACAUUUGAAGCUAUCCGAUUUCGGUCUUUGCACUGGAUUGAAGAAAUCUCAUCGUACCGAUUUCUAUCGGGACUUGUCGCAGGCUAAACCGUCCGAUUUCAUUGGAACCUGUGCUAGCCCGAUGGAUUCGAAACGACGGGCGGAGAGUUGGAAACGCAAUCGGCGAGCCCUGGCCUACAGUACCGUGGGAACACCGGACUACAUUGCACCGGAGGUGUUUUUACAAACCGGCUACGGACCGGCUUGCGAUUGGUGGUCGUUGGGGGUUAUCAUGUAUGAAAUGUUGAUGGGUUAUCCGCCGUUCUGUUCGGACAAUCCACAGGAUACAUAUCGGAAGGUGAUGAACUGGCGGGAGACGUUGAUCUUCCCACCGGAGACGCCGAUCUCAGAGGAAGCCCGGGACAUGAUAGUCAAGUUUUGCUGCGAAGCGGAAAGGAGAUUGGGGUCACAGCGCGGCAUCGAGGAUUUGAAGUUGGUGUCGUUCUUCCGGGGAGUCGAUUGGGAACAUAUUCGUGAACGGCCUGCAGCCAUCCCGGUUGAGGUUCGUUCAAUCGACGAUACGUCUAAUUUUGACGACUUCCCCGACGUGGCACUGGAAAUACCCGCCCAUCCCACACCGGAGGGCGAAGUCCUCAAGGAUUGGGUAUUCAUCAACUACACCUUCCGACGGUUCGAAAGUCUUACGCAGCGUGGAACCCCGACGAAAAAGUAAAGUCCAGAAUCUGUGUGUCCUCUCAGCUUCCGCCGGCAACUAUAAUUAUGUGUUUGCUGUUCUUAUCUCUCCGCACUCCCUUACUAUUAGUACUACGUACCGCCGUUCUAGCUGACAAAAACAAGGUCGGUAUAGAGGCAAGAUGGAAGAUUAUUUAACACAAGAGUUCGCCACUCUGUCUCUAGAUAGCAUCCUUCUGAAUCCCUCCCUCGAAUGUGAGUGUAGGGCGUCGAAGGUAACAAAAUGACUCAAUGAAAAAAAAAAAGGAAAAUCGUAAUUUAAUAUCCUCUAUAACAAGUACACAAGAAUAUAGUGAUUAAACGUAAAGCAACACUAAACAAACUCGUGAAAAAAAAAUCAAAGAAUAUCGAUAACGGAACGUAAAAUUAGAAUUUAAAUUCAGUUUGUUCACUCACAAGUUUCUUCCCUUGUCUUGCGUUUAUUAGCGAACGUGAAAAGGAGAGUUUCCAUAAUUUCCAGCUUUCACAGCCAAGUAGACUUACCGCAACAUUAAAGUAGAAUUAUCUAGCAACAGAAGUAAACGAACGGAUCAGAUCAGCGAAAACGCUUGCUUUAUAUAGGGAAAUAUGCUGAUGAUGAUAGCCCAUCCCACCCCCGCAGAACAAAACAAACUAUACAAACCAAGAAGAUAGGCUAGUGUCAAUCAAUGUGCAACUUCAACAAUAUGGAAACGUCCUAAACAAGCUAUGUAGCCGUAAUUUGCAAUAAUGUAGCAACAUGACGAAGAAAGAUGGGUUGAAAAGUGCAACAGAGCGAGCAUUUUUUCUGCGUAGAGAAAACAAGAGACAAGCAACAGCAGCAGCAAAGGAUUUAAAGAUAAAUAGUAUUAGUAGAAUUUAUUAUUAUGAUUAUUUUUUUAAACGAUUAUGCUUUUACAUUUAAGUUUGAAUGUUUUAUAGGUAGUAGAUCAGAAGAGAGUUAUGCACUUAUUUCGACUUAGGCAAGGGAAUUAUACUGCAAGUGAUCGUUUUUAAGUUGUGUAAAUAUUCAACAAACAAAACAAGGUUUGAAAAUUGGGAAAACGGUUGACGUGUUCUUAUGAUUUUUUUUUAAAUAUUUCUUUUCUUCUGAAGGGUUUUGCUUGAAGCAAUAGCCAGGAUGACGCAAAAAAAAAAAACAAACAUGUUCUCGUUUUGGUUCUUCUAUUGGAAAUUUUAUUUAUAUUAUUGUUUUUGGGGAUCUAAAUAGUUGCAACUCUAAGCAACACUAUUUCUACGCUGAUUUUGUAAAACAGAACUGUAAGCUUCUUUUCAAACAUUAGGGUAAGAAAUACGUUUUCCGCGUAAACCUAUCGCUGAGAAAAAGAAAAAUAGCUGUAGUUAAUUUCAGAACAAACCCAGCCCCUCCCCUUCCUUUGAUGGCUCCUGCUAAUAAUGCAAUAGUGGAUGAUCGUAAACUUAAAGUUCUGGAGUUUUGUUAUUCCUGUUUUCGCUUAUCUCUUUUCUUUGUGAGUUGAAGCAAAAAAAAAAAAACAACAAAUGCAUUCAUAGUGAGACAUACCCAACCCCCACAGCAACAUUGAAGAAGAAUAAAGUGAUACUGAAAUUCAAUGGAAAUGAAAUAUGCGA